UUUUCUUGGUCGGCUUGAUGCCACAGAUGGAAGAAAAAGCGAAAGCCGAUAAUCUCUUCGCCGAUACUCCCGAUGCAAAAUUUUUGAGCGAUUUUAAUAAGGCUUUGAUUAAUGUGCCUUAUAAAUCACAUACCCCACGCAUUAUGUUUAAAUCAAAGAAAAUUGAUAGUCAGAAAAAGAUGGACAAAAUCGCCAAUCUACUUUUUCAAAAGGCUGCUGAAAAGCAAAAAACAAAGGAGGAAAGAAGCAGAAGAUCGGAUACAAGAAAGAGUGUGGCGGAAAAUCUGCAGAAGCAAUUAGAUGUAGACAAAUCGAUGAUCCAAGUGAGCAUUGCUGAUUGGUUAAAGCAGUCUUCGCUCGUUGCUUCCCUUAAAGCAGAAUUAAGAAGAUACAAGGAGGAAAGUAAAAGUAAAAGCAAGAUGAUUGAGGACCUGCAAGCUUUAAAUUCGACAUUGCGCGUCACCAUCGAACAAAAACUAGACACAGUGAUACUCCAAGGUAGAGUAGCAGUUAGUGAUUCGGGUGUCGACACAUGCGUUUCAAGCACGAAAUCAGAAUAUGACAACAUGUGCCUCAGCAACAUAUCAGGGGAUCAGGUGGAACUAAUAAGUGGAUUGUUUGUGGACAAAAUCCGUCUGGAGGCUAUACGAUUCAAUAGAAAGCUGAAGCCAUCGAAAAUUGUCAGAAAUCUCGUUACGCUCAUAUUCACGCGUGACGAGAUAUUAAACCAGAGUGUCACUGGAAGGGAGUGCAACUUUAAUAAAAAAGUUAACAGAAAGGAGGCCACUGAACCAUUAGAUGAACGGAAAGUGCUUGCACUCAGAGACGAAUUCAGGAGGAUAUUACGUCUACACAAAUAUUCCGAGGCUGAUGUCGACAGGGAGGUCCAAAAUGUGUAUAAAUAUAUCAAGUCAAAGCUUUCGACUGAGAAGCAGGCGAAUAAAAAGAAGCUAAGGACAUGCGACACGGAAGAAUCGGGUGCUACCAAUCAUGUAAGUACCAAUUCUGAAGAUGAAGACUCGGCCGAAAAUUCUGUCCAGACUUCAGAUCAGAAUAAAGCUUGUUCUGAUUCUGAAGUACAAGAGGAAGCAGUAAUACUCGAAACUGAAUGUUCCGCAUUUGAAACUGUUUCGGAAAAUUCUGAAGAAGAUGACGCAUCUUCUGUGGGGACAGAUUGUUCUCACACGGGCACUAAACGUGAACCGGAAGAGCCUGAAGAGCCUGAAGAGCCUGAAGAGCCUGAAGAGCAAAAGUUUGUUCAUAAGAAAAAAAGGAAAGUUGCAACCUCUUGAAUGUGAAUUUUUCAUUUCUUUGUCACCCGAUACAUUUUCAGGGUAUUUGGAACUUAAUUACGGAAAUUGUCAUCUUUUUCCGAAAGUGUGCUUACUUCUUCGUUGAACAUUAAUCGAAUAUAUUCAUGUUUGCUUCAUUUUUAAUGAAACUUGAUGCAGUUAUAUGGGAAGGUAAGACUCAUUGGAAACUUUAAGGAUUUGAAAAAAAAAAUUUGGGUUCAAUUAUUUAGAACUAACGAUAUUUCUGGAAGUCAUGAUUAAUUUUGAUGAAAGUUUGAGGUAUUAGAGGCGAAUUUUAUAUUUCAGAAGGUAAGACUGAAAAA